GGUCGAGCCUGGCCACUGAGGACUGUACGGCCGCGGGGGAUCGGUUUGGCGGCGACACAGGACUGCUCCGAGGCCGCAGCGAUGCUCCCGUCUUUGCAGGAAUCGCUGGAUGGGGAUGAAAAGGAGCUAGAGAGCAGCGAGGAGGGUGGCUCUGCAGAGGAGCGGAAACUCGAGCCGCCGCCCAGCAGCCACUACUGUCUCUACAGCUACCGCGGAAGCAGAUUGGCACAGCAACGUGGGGACAGUGAUGAUGGAAGCCCAAGUGGCACAAAUUUGGAAACUCCCUCUGGUGAUGAUUUCAGCCUCUCCUUGGUGGAUACUAAUUUGCCAUCUGAAGUGGAGCCAGAGCUGCGCAGUUUCAUUGCUAAGCGUCUUUCAAAGGGAGCCAUCUUUGAAGGGCUGGGUAAUGUUGCAUCUAUAGAGCUGAGAAUUCCAGGUUAUCAAGUUGGUUGUUAUUAUUGCCUUUUCCAACAAGAAAAACUGCUUCCUGAAACAGCAACAGUGGGCUCUGAAUGUAACACUUCAGAGUAUGUGGUCUGUUUUUUAGGAGGUUCUGAAAAAGGCCUUGAGCUUUUCAGGCUUGAACUGGACAAGUACAUUCAAGGGCUAAAAAAUAACAUGAAUUGUGAGGAAAGGGGCCUGGAAAACCACACCAAGGCUUAUCUGAACAACUGGUUUGAGGAUGUUGUUUGCCCAAUCCAAAGGGUUGUUCUUCUUUUUCAGGAGAAACUUACCUUUCUGCUACAUGCGGCUUUGAGUUAUACUCCUGUUGAGGUUAAAGAAUCAGAUGAAAAAACAAAGAGAGACAUUAACAGGUUUCUAAGUGUGGCCAGUCUUCAGGGACUAAUUCAUGAAGGCACCAUGACAUCUUUGUGCAUGGCCAUGACAGAACAGCAGCAUAAGUCAGUAGUCAUCGAUUGCAGUGGCUCUCAGCCUAAGUUCUCCAAUGCAGGAAGCAACCGGUUUUGUGAGGAUUGGAUGCAGGCUUUUUUAAAUGGUGCCGAAGGGGGUAACCCUUUUCUGUUCCGACAAGUACUGGAGAACUUUAAAUUAAAGGCCAUACAAGACACAAACAAUUUGAAGAGAUUUAUCCGACAGGCAGAAAUGAAUCAUUAUGCUUUGUUUAAAUGUUACAUGUUCCUAAAGAACUGUGGUAGCGGAGAUAUCCUUUUGAAGAUUGUUAAAGUGGAACACGAAGAAAUGCCUGAAGCCAAAAAUGUGGUAGCUGUCCUUGAAGAAUUCAUGAAAGAAGCUCUUGCCCAAGGUUUUUGAUCAUGUUUUGAGACAACUGCUUCGUGAAGUUGUGUGUUCAAGCCUUGGUGUUUGAAAUUGCAGUUGUUAAUAAUUGUUCAUAGGAUUACUAUUUAGGAUUAUUUGAAUCUUACCAGAUAUUUUUUCUUUUUGUACUUUAAAUUUUAACUUAAUUAAACAUAAAAAUCUGA